GUUUAUUCAGUUUCAAAGAUUAAAUUGUCACUAAAUCGAAUACAGAGUUCACUCACCAGGUUGCGACACCAACCUUGGCCAGUGUCACCGGCGAUCGCCCCUCGACUUGAUGUACAUCGGCGCUUCGAAGAGGAAAACGCGCCAUUUUAUGAUCCGAUCCGUUUCUACCCUGCAAAAAUUGGCAGUGUCUUAAACGGCAGAUAUCAACUGGUGACAAAAGUUGGCUAUGGUACCAGUUCGACGAUAUGGCUUGCUUGAGACCUAAACCAGUUUGUCUCCGCUCCCAUGGGUCAGUUAUGACUGAUUUGAUUAGAUGGCGCUGGUUACGCGAUAAGUAUGUAGCUAUCAAGAUAAACACUAGUACCCAUCAUUCGCGAGAGAAUGCAGCUCAAAAUGGGCUUUGAUAUUCUAAGGGAAAUCAACGAGAAAACCCGUCAACAUAAAGGACGACUAUUCAACGGACACCUCCUCGAUUCAUUUUAUGUGGAGAAUGGUUCAAGGAAGCACCUAGCACUUGCUUUUGAGCCUUUACGUGAGCCUCUAUGGCUAUACAGAGAAAGGUUUGUUGAGCAUGUUAUUCCUUCUAGUGUACUGAAGAUUAUUCUUCAGAUGAUUCUCCACGGAUUGGGAUUAUCUCCACACUCUGAGUGUCACAUCAUUCAUACCGACUUGAAACCAGAUAACAUAAUGGUCAAAAUCGAAGACCCAUCCAUCCUUGAGGAUUCUGCCAAACAUGAAUAUACAAAGCUUUUCAAGGAUGUCGAUCCUCUCCGUGACCAAGAAUAUAAUGAGCCGAACCACCUUGCACACAUAGAGUCACUGUUAGGAUCUCCUCCGAAAGAUAUCUUGGCUAGAGGAAAAGGAUCAGGACUAUUCUAUACAUCCGAUGUGGAGCUUGUGCGCCGGCAACAUUCAAGUUUGAAAGUCUAAUCGGAAAUAUACCACGGUGAUGACAAAACUAUGUUCAUUGAAUUUGUGAGGAUAAUGAUUAAAUAGCGCCCAGAGGAACGCAGCACCGCAAAGGCAUUGCUAGAGGAUCCUUGGCUUUACGCGGAGUUUGACGAUGACUGAGCUAGCCCGUUCAUUAUCUCUUAACAGUGUACUUUCCACUACAGACUGUUUUUUGUGCGUUACAGGAGUACCGGUCACUUUCUAUUCGUCGGGACCUUAUGCUUCGAUCUGUGUCAACUGAGCCAGUUAUGUUGACAUCAAGGCCGGGUGACUGAAAGUAGCAGGUCUUAAUGCGAUACAGGGUU